UGGUUACAUUAUUGCAUUGUAGUUUAUUUCAAAAUCACUAUAUUAUUCGUUUAGUAUCAGAUCUUUUGUAUAGUCUGGUGUUAGGUUAUGUGUAUUUGUUGUGCAGUCUAUUUAACCAUGCUUUUUCAGUAUCUCGGACUAUAUAUCGUAAUUUGACAUUAACUAACUAGAUGGUUUAGGGAACCCAAAGGUUCAUCACUGAAUCAACCAAAGCCACCUGCCCCUGUCCUGGGCCAGUAAAAUCCAGUCGCCGUCAACUGAUAUCUCCCAUACAUCCUGCUUGAUAUUAUUAUCCUCCAAUCAACGUCUAGGUCUCUUCCCCUCAGUCUACCCGGUGCACACCUCUUUCCCCAUCCAUGUGUGCCACAUGCCUGCCCAUCUCUUCUUGACUUAAUCGCCCUGAUUACUGGGAGAGGAGUACAAAUUUUUAAGCUCAUCAUUAUGCAGUUUUUGCCAUACCCCAUUCUUCUCUCUCCUAGGCCUAAUUAUCCUCCCAAACACCUGCAAUCUAUGUUCCUCCCUGAGAGUGAGAGACCAUGCUUCAUACCCAUACAAAAAAACAGGCAAAAUUAUUGUUUUGUAUAUUUUAAUCUUUCGGUUCUUAGAAAUCAGAUGGGAAGACAAUAUUUUGAACUGAAAAGUAGCAAGCAUAUCCAAAAUUUAGUCUCCUAAUUUCCUUGUGAAUAUCAUUUUGGUUUGUUAUUGUUGUUCCCAAAUAUUUAAGGAUUUAUUAGCCACCCUAAUAAGAUUUUGUCCACCUGUCUGCUGAUGGGAUACUAACAUAUGUACUUGGUUUUUUCUGAAUUUAUUUCUAGAACCUUUUUACUAGCUUCUAGUAAAACUUCUAUGUUCCUCUUUAUUGUAUUUAUAAUAAUGAUCAAUGUAUGAAGCAGGAGUACUAAGCUCUGUCAGUGAUAGACAAGAUAGGUAUAGACGUAUUUCAUAUACCCUAGGAAGCAUGGUAUGGGACAAAUCAAUGACAAUACAUCACAUUCAAAAAUAUAAAUAUGAUGUGAACUCAGAAUGUUUCACAAGUAGAAGUAAAUGUGCGGUAUAAAUCACUUGCACGAUCACAAUGGUUGCUUACCAGCUUUACUUUGUAUUUUGAAGUAGAUAUUUUUUUAUUUCAUGGUUCUGUUUUUAAUUAUUUCAGAAUUGCAGUAAUGGCUGACAGUACAAGCAGUUUGUCACAUUUGUAUUCAGAGCUUAAGAAGAAUCAUGAUGAAGCUUACUUUAUGAUUGAUGAGGCAAUAAAAUUAGAAAUAGGUGGAAAACAAAGUGAAGCAUAUGCAAAGUAUGAAAAUGGCCUAUUGCUGAUAGACAAAGCCCUAAGUAUUCCCAUUGAAUGUCCUCCAUAUCCUGAUGUGACUUGGGAAAAAACUUCCUUGAUGCUACAGAAGAUGAAGAAAACUAGGAAAGAAGUACUUUGCAGGAUUGCAGAUGUUCAGGUAACACCAGGCCCACCUGUGGUUCCACCACCAUGUUAUGAAGAAGCAAUGACAUGCCCAAGAUCUCCCACUGGUGGGGCAUCUUCACAGCCUCUAUUGACUUACCAUGAUUUGAGUGCAGCACUACAAGAACUGGAAGUUGAAUUAGGACCAGAAACUGUACAGCUAAUUUAUGUCCAAGAAAAUGUGCACAUCUACUUCAUUUCUCCUGAUGGCUCUGUUAGUACAUUUUCAGGACCAGAAACAUUACAAAUUGCCCAACUAGAAGGUAUGGUUGGGAGUUGGAUUUAUCCAUUAAUUCCUGGUGUAUCUCCUUGUUAUCAAACAGGACGUAACAUAUUCAUCCUGCCAGAUGUUCAUUCUGCUGUAGAAGGUUCAUCAGUGGGAUUAAUUCUUCCAGAAGAAGCUGAUGACACAGUCUUUGAGGUAUUAGAGGGUAUUUUGCAAUUAACUGUGACCAGAGUACCAGCAAAGACCAAACGUUCUGCACAGCAGAAGGAUGCAGGCUACAGUUAUUCUAUUUCUCAUGGGAUUGUAACGGGAGCACAUUACAUUUCUCAUGGCCUCAUAAGAGGUGCAGAAAAAGUUGGUGAACUGAUGGACUAUGGAGCCCCUAAACUGAUCCAGAAGAUAGCCCCUGAGCCUGUACCUCAGCCUGUCAAUCCUAAGUUGAGCCGAGGUCUACAAGUUGCCAAGGAUGUUACAGGAACUGCUGUAGAAGUCACAGGUUUUAUGGCCUCAAAAAUUGGGAGUUGUACAAUGGCUCUUGGACGAUAUCUUGCGCCUCACAUCCAGAGACAAGGUACAAAGUUGUUGUCCUCCACAUGCAACUUAACAGAGCAAGAAGCUUCCAGUAAAAUGGAUGGGGUCCUAGAAGUGGCAGCAGGAGCUGUUGAAGGGUUUAGUACAGUGUAUGAUGGUUUGGAAAAAUCUGCAGGACUUCUUGCAAGCAGUUUGGCCAACAAUACUGUAAAGAUUGUGGAUCAUAAGUAUGGACAUUCUGUAGCUGAAGCAACAGAUAAUACUUUGUAUUCAAUGGGUAAUGCCUUUGUAGCAGCAAGAAAUGUCAGGCACUUUACCCCAAAAAGAAUUGCCAAAGUGACGGCCAAGUCAGCUGGUAAUGCUCUUAUUGAGGAUCACAGGAAUUCUUUACAGCAUAACCGUACUCCUGGUGCUGGUCCAUCGUUUGAAGGUGAUUAAAAUACCCCAAAUGCAAUGCUAUAUUGAUGUCCAGGAUAGAUAUGAGUGUAUGUGGCUUUAAUGUGCAUAUGUUGAAGGAAAUCCAUAUUAUUAGUAAAGAAUGUUUUCCUUUGUUUUCACUAAUGAACUCCAAACAGGCAGACAGUAAUUUGUCUCUUAUUCCCAAUGAACAAGCACUUGAUGGGCAUUAUCUAAUCUCUUUGCUUUCAAGUAUUAUUCUUCUAUCACAGAACUUUUGUACGUGAUCUUGAACCAUUUCAAUUCCUGUCUUCAUAUCAUGCAUUUAGUGUAUGUACAUGUUCUCCAGCUUUGUGCAUUUUCUGUUGGUUCUGAUUGGGUCCUUAGUAGUACAAAUCUAUAGAAUUGAACCCAAUAUUUUGUCAGACUUGUUACAUUAACCUUUACUAUAUGGGAUUGAGCCAGGGUAGCUCAGUCAGUUUUGUGACUGGAUACGGACUGGUCAACUGGGUUUGAUCCCUAAUGGGGGCAGAGGAUUUUUCCUCUAGCCUCUGCGUCUAGACUGGCUCUCCGGUCUACUCAGUCUCCUAUCCAAUGGGUACCAGGUCCUUUCCCAGGAGUAAAGUGCAGCUGGGGCAUGACACUAGCAACUCACCCCCACCUAGUGCUGAGGUUAAGAAUGAGUAGGAGCUAUACCUCCCCCCCCCCCUCAAGUGCCUACAUGGUAUGUAGUGGGACAGCUUUACUUUUUACAUUCAUUGUAUUGGAAUAGGAGAUGUGAACCUCAUAUGCUGGGGGGGGCUGGCUGAAAUGUAUUCAUUAUUAAUAGUUUAGCAGUGUGCUAAUAUGCCAUACAACCGUCUGGAUUGUACAUAAGAUGGGACACAGUCAAUAAAGAUUAAUAGAAGUUUAUCAGUCACAAAAAUGUAAUUAUAUAUUUAUUCAAUUUUCUCUACUACAUGUUUCAGCAAUUAAAUUACUGCAGUAGACAGCUACUUAUGUACAAUUAACAAUUAUGUAUGGUACUGUCUUAUGAUGCAUACCAUCUGAAAUAAUAACAUGUAGUACAUUUAGAAGUAUUUUCCAGUUACACAAUUAAAUUAUUCUGGAGUAAUGUCAUUUGAGGUAGAUUCCUGCUUAACAGAAUAUAUUUAAGUUUGUUUGUUUUAUUUUGAAAGGUAUAUAAUAACUUGUGCAGGCACCCUUAUGGAAGACGAGUUCUAUGUAUUCAUUGGGAUCUUUUGUACAACAGUUAUUCACACCAUUUUUGUGUUUAAAAAUUUAAUUGCGGCCCUCACCAAAUCAGUGUCAUAUUUAUUUAUUUUUGAAAAUAAUGGUGUUCUACACUGCCUUCCAUAGAAUCACAUGUUAUUAGUAAUUGUGCAUCAAAGAACAAUGUGUGUGGUAUUUCUGCUAUGGUAGGAGAAACAUGGCUGCUAUCUCUUUUCUGUUGUGGAAGCAAUUCUGAACAAGAAUUGUAAUUGUGUGUAGAAAGUAGUUCCUACUUUCAAGUAAUUUAGUGCACUUUUUGUGCUCUCUCUCUCUUAGGCACUGAAUCUUUUUGUAUAUUCUGUGUACUGCAGACAAGAGACUGAGAGUAACAUUUCAUGUGGUGAGAUUACGCAAACAGCAUUCAGUUUUGUUUGUCUGACAUACUGUGUUAGUGUGGGAAAUUAUUUCAGUGGCUGAUGGGAGGUAGGAAGGUAAAUACAAGUGCCUGUAAAAAUUACUGUUGUUACACAUCAUACAAAUAUUUUCUCCAGUAUGUGUUGAUGGUU